AUGGAAGCCGUCCGAGUCAUCUCCUCCUCUACAAUCAAAGCACCCACUCACAAAAACGCUAACUCACCUCCUAAAGUCGAUUUAACUCCUUGGGAUCUCCAAUUCCUCCCCACUCAAACCAUCCAAAAAGGCCUUCUUUUUCGCAAUGUAAAACAAACCCCAUUCCAAAUCCACCACCUCCAGCACUCCCUUUCCUCCACCCUCGCCUUCUUUCCACCCCUCGCUGGUCGUCUCGCCAUUCUCCAACAUCACCACAACAUUGUUUCAUCCCACAUCGUUUGCGACAACACUGGAGCUCUCUUUGUCCACGCCGUUGCACCCAACACCUCCGUCACCGACAUCCUUCAACCCAACUACGUUCCUCCCACUGUUUCCUCCUUCUUUCCUCUCAACGGGGUUAGAAACUACGAGGGCACGUCUCAGCCACUGCUGGCAGUGCAAGUGACGGAGCUACUUGACGGCAUCUUCAUCGCCCUAACAAUCAACCACGUCGUUGCUGAUGGCAAGUCAUUUUGGCAUUUCGUGAAUUCGUGGGCUGAAAUCUCACGUGGCUCACUUCAAAUAUCCAAACUCCCUUCUCUCCAGCGUUACUUUCCCUCUGGCAUUGACCACCCCAUAUGCUUUCCCUUCACAAAGGAAGAGGAAAGCAACACUUCCCCAACCUUACACCACAAAUUCUGA